GAAACACUAAGUUAAGAGAAGCAGAAAUAGAUAUAUACAGAACAAGCAUGGCCUCUGCCAGAUGUUACAAAACAGUCCGAAUUAUCUUCACUUUGGUUGUACUUAUUGCUUCUUCUAUUUCAUCUGCCUUUUCUAUGCCAAAUGAUAUAUUGGAUUCCAGUGACAACCACCUGUUACGCAAUCAAACUAUCCAUCUGAGUCAAAGGGUGCAGAAGUCAAAGAGAAUUAGAAGGUAUCUGAGGAGGAUUAACAAACUCGCAAUCAAGACAAUUGAGAGUCCAGAUGGUGAUCUAAUAGAUUGUGUCCCAUCUCAUCUCCAACCGGCUUUUGAUCAUCCUCUGCUCAAAGGACUGAAGCCACUGCUUUCAACUGUAACUCCGCCGAUAUUUGGACAGAGACCAACCAACCAUGGCUGGAGGAAGAGCAUUCAACUGUGGACUGAUUCUGGUGAAUCGUGCCCGGAUGGUACUGUACCUAUCAGAAGAACUACAAUGAAAGAUGUCCUGAGAGCUGGUUCACUGCACAAAUUCGGCCGAAAAUCUUUCAGUAAACAGAAUACUAAGAUAAGCAGUAAUGAUCAACUGAGACCUGUUGGCGAUGUUACUGGAGAUUGUUACUCUGGAGCACGGCUCUACAUACAUGUCUGGAAAGCUAAUGAGACGGACCAAUAUGACUUCAGACUGUCACAAGUCUGGAUGGCCUCUGGUAAUAGUACUAGUAAUGAUCUUAAUACCGUUGAAGCCGGCUGGCAGGUUAAUCCGAAAUUAUUUGGAGACAACUCCCCCAGAUACUUCACGUAUUGGACGGCUGAUUCAUAUGAAACCACAGGAUGCUAUAACCUCCUGUGUUCAGGCUUUGUACAAACUAAUAAUAGAAUUUCUUUAGGGGCAGCAAUCUCUCCAAGAUUUUCCCAGAAUGGCAGAGAACUUGAUAUCCGCAUACCGAUGAUCAUUGCAAAGGAUGCUAAGCAUGGGCAUUGGUGGCUGGAAAUCGGGCCAGGGAUAGUUGUUGGAUAUUGGCCAUCACUUCUGUUUAGUCGUCUACAUAGCCAUGCAAACAUGGUUCAGUUUGGGGGAAUAAUGGUUAAAGCCAGAUCAAUGGGACUGAAUGCACCAGCUCAAAUUACAGCAGGUGAUAUUUCAGUAGGAGGAGUUGGCAAAGCAACGAACACUCAAGACUUGGGAGCUGCUGAAGCCCUUGAUAAAUUAGUGCCUUUAUGUAGUGUAGGAAUCUUUGCAAGACAGCAUUUCGCGGUGUCUAACAUGGUCGAAUAA